AAACUUCAAUCAUCAUAAUAAAAUGAGAAGUUGAACGAAAAAAAUCUCAAAUUCCUUUAUGCGAGCGAAAUUACUAAUUGAAUUUGAUUAAUUUAAAUAACAAAAAAAUCAAACUUAGUGCAGAUGAAACACAAACAUUACCUUUGCUGGCCAACUUGACUUCAUCCAUAUCUUCAAUCCCCAACCUAUUUAAUUAAUUUUGGCCUUUUAACUCAUAGUAAUCCACCAACAUUACAUGACAAACUCAACGAAAAAAAAAUAAUAUCAUCGUCACACAAUAAUUUUCAACUGUAUACAUGCAUCCCUCUCUCUUCCUCACUUCUUCAAGUAAUAUUCCAACUUUUCUUUCUUCUCCAUAUCCAACCCCACCAGCUAAAACUCCAUGGAAUCAGAUGCACCACCACCUCAACCACCCUCUAAAACCUAUGAAUUAACAGCCUCUUCCAUAUCCUACACCAAACCAACCACAGCCACCACCAUCUUCUCCCCAUUUCACCUCCUCUUCAAGCAAUGCGUCCUCCCCACCCCCACCUACAUUCUCAAAGACAUCUCGCUCACCGCCUACCCGUCCGAAAUCCUCGCCAUUGUAGGCCCUAGCGGUGCCGGAAAAUCAACCCUCCUAGACAUCUUAGCCGCCCGGAGGUCACCCACAGGCGGCUAUCUCCUCCUGAACUCUUCCCCCGUCAACCCUUCCUCAUUCCGCAAGCUCUCAGCCUAUGUCCCUCAGCACGACGCAUGCCUUCCCCUCCUCACUGUCUUUGAAACCUUUGCUUUUGCCGCAAGCCUCCUCGUCCCCAACCCUAAUCCUAAAAACAUUGCCGCUAUUGUCUCCUCUCUUCUAACCGAGCUCCGGCUCACACAUUUGUCCAACACCCGCCUCGGCCAAGGCCUAUCAGGAGGCGAAAGCAGGCGUGUCUCAAUAGGCCUGAGCCUUCUCCACGACCCUGCUAUCCUCCUUCUCGACGAACCCACCUCAGGUCUCGACAGCACCUCCGCUUUCAACGUAAUCCAAACCCUAAAUUCCAUCUGCACCUCACGUCAUCGCACUGUGAUCUUAUCAAUCCACCAACCCAGCUUCAAAAUCCUCUCCACCGUUGAUAGAAUCCUCUUGCUAUCAAAAGGGUCAAUUGUCCACCAUGGAACCCUUUCUUCUCUCGAAGCUUUUCUUCUCUCCAAUGGCUUCACUGUCCCUCCACAACUCAAUGCUUUGGAAUACACCAUGGAAAUUCUGAACCGUCUCCCUCCCAUCACAUCUACAACAACCACAUCAUCACCUCCUAAUGAUCCUAUGAAACAUGAUAAGCAGGCAAUUAGGCAAGUCAUUAGAUACAAGAGCUCUAGAAUUCAAGAGAUAUUGGCUCUAUACAACCGGUUUUGGAAAAUCAUCUACAGAACAAGGCAGCUUUUUUUGACUAACACUCUUGAAGCACUUCUUGUAGGUCUUAUUUUGGGAACUAUUUACAUCAACAUUGGAGUCGACAAGCAAGGAAUCGAAAAGCGAUUCGGGCUCUUCGCCUUCACUCUUACAUUCCUCCUCUCCUCCGCCACCGAAACCCUUCCGAUCUUCAUCAACGAAAGGCCGAUCUUCCUCCGAGAAACGUCUGGUGGAAUCUACCGGCUCUCCUCCUACCUCAUCGCCAACACUCUCGUUUUCUUGCCCUACUUGCUUACCAUCGCGAUCAUAUACUCCGUUUCAGUCUAUUUCUUGGUGGGUCUUUGCGGUUCUUGGCAAACGUUUGCUUAUUUUGUUCUUGUCAUAUGGAUCAUUCUUCUAAUGGCGAACUCGUUCGUCUUGCUCUUGAGCUCUUUAGCCCCCAACUACAUUGCCGGAACUUCGCUCGUGACAAUACUUUUAGGUGGUUUUUUUCUCUUCUCCGGCUACUUCAUCUCUCAACAUAACAUGCCUAAGUACUGGCUCUUCAUGCACUUUUUCUCCAUGUACAAAUAUGCCCUCGAUGCUCUUCUAAUCAACGAGUACGGCUGCCUUGUGUCAAAGUGUUUGAUAUGGUACCAAGAGAGUAAGAGUGAUAGUAAAGUUUGCAUGGUUACGGGGGGCGACGUGUUGCAGAAGAGAGGGCUGCAUGAAAGGCAGAGGUGGACUAAUAUUCACAUCCUGCUAGGGUUUUUCGUGUUAUAUCGUGUUCUUUGUUUGAUGGUCUUGACCAGAAGGGUUUCGAGAUCAAAGUAGUGAAGGUGGGAAAAUUACAGUUAAAUAUUAAGGUAUAAACCGUACAAUAAAUUAGUAUAUAUGCUUGUGUUCUUGAUUUUUAUUUGCUUAAUUGCCAAAAAACUGAAGCUGGCUACUGUAAUAGCCCCCUCCAUAUGUAUGGACAAAUAAAAGGUACAGCUCCUUGAGCUUGAUGUAUAUAAUUGUUGAUGUCGAUCGAUAAAUACUAUAUGAAAUAAGUUGAAAGUGAA